GGAAAUCAAGCGCUGCUGCAGGCACACACGUGCACCCGCGCCCCUGUCGAUAGGCACUGAGUGUUCAGCGAUUCAUUCCCAAGACACGAGGAGCCCGGGCUCGGCUGCCGGGAAGGCGCCCUCCGCGUCCUCAGAGACGACCCCCUUCCCACGGACUGCAGGGCCGAGCCCCGUGGAAACGGGCCACCGGGGAAGAGGAGCGCGGCUCCGGCUCCUGGGGCCCCCUUCGCUCGCCUCCGCCCCGUCUAGCUGCAGGCAAGGAAGGAAGGAAGGAAGGAAGGAGGACCUUGCACGGCGGGGGUGGGGGGUGGGGGCGUCCCGGGCGAAGCCCUCUCUCUCGCCUUCCAAGCAGCCGCCUCGUCUGAGUCCCGUCUGGGCGGCCGCUGCGCAGGGGAGCGCCGCGCUCCGUGCCCGCCCGUCCAUGUUCUGGAAAAGCGAGACUUCGGCCCCUCAGCCCGAGGGCGAGCAACCGCGGACCAAGGCCCAGCCAGAGGGGGAGGCGCUGCCCGGUGCCCUAGAGAAGGAUGAGGCGCGCUCGGGAGCCAGCACUCCGUCCACGCCGUCUGUCUGCUCCCCGCCGUCUUCGGCGUCCUCCUCCCUCCCGUCGGGGACCAAGAACAUCUGCUCCAGCUGCGGCCUGGAGAUCUUGGACCGGUACCUGCUCAAGGUGAACAACCUCACCUGGCACGUCCGCUGCCUCGAAUGUUCCGUGUGCCGGACCUCCCUUCGCCAGCAGAACAGCUGCUACGUGAAGAACAAGGAGAUCUUCUGCAAGAUGGACUACUUCAGUCGGUUUGGUACGAAAUGUGCCCGUUGCGGGAGACAGAUCUAUGCCAGCGACUGGGUCAGGAGGGCUCGUGGCAAUGCCUAUCAUCUUGCCUGCUUUGCUUGCUUUUCCUGCAAAAGGCAGCUGUCAACGGGAGAGGAGUUUGGCCUGGUGGAAGAUAAAGUCCUGUGCCGGAUUCACUACGACACCAUGAUAGAGAACCUGAAACGUGCCGCGGAGAAUGGUAAUGGCAUCACACUGGAAGGGGCAGUCCCAUCUGAGCAAGACAGUCAGCCAAAGCCAGCCAAGAGAGCACGGACAUCCUUCACAGCAGAGCAACUGCAGGUCAUGCAAGCACAGUUUGCUCAGGAUAACAACCCAGAUGCUCAGACCCUUCAGAAACUGGCAGACAUGACAGGCUUGAGCAGGAGAGUUAUUCAGGUUUGGUUUCAGAACUGCAGAGCACGGCAUAAAAAGCACACACCCCAACACUCUGUGCCCCCUUCGGGAGUCGCCCAGUCCCGCAUCCCUUCUGCGCUGUCCGACGACAUCCACUAUUCACCCUUCAGCAGUCCUGAGAGGGCCAGGAUGGUGACACUCCACAGCUAUAUAGAAAGUCAGGUACAGUGUGGACAAAUGCACUGCCGGCUCCCUUAUGCUGCCCCUCCUGUGCACCUCAAAGCUGACAUGGAAGGACCUCUAUCGGGUAGGGGAGAGAAGGUCAUCCUCUUCCAGUACUGAUGGCAAGCAUUCUUCCUGAUCUCCUGGAGAUGCUUGUGGUGGCACUUCUGCUCAGAUGCAUGCCCUUCAAUCCAUGGCAACCAUGGGCUGUGGCAAUCCACCCGUACUGUACUUGACCCAUUCUACUGAUCUGGCACCUCAGUCAAAACCAAUCUGGCAUAUCUAACAGCUUCUGGUGCAACCGUCUGUUGAAUACCUGGCCCUUGUGGGCUUGAUGGCCAGCAAAGACUCCAGGGCGGCGCCCUCUCCAAACGAAGCAACUGACAAGCCUGCUACUCAUGCUACUGCUCCUAGAACUGAGGCAAGGGGGACUACUGAAACCCAAACAGAGGAUGCAUUUAUCUACCAGCAGCUAACCAUGUCAAGGACAUAAUCCAAAGCAUCUGGGCUAAUGUGUUCAUUCUAACAUGUUGAUUGCCACUGGUGUAAACCUGUGUAAGAAUCCAGUCUACUUGACAAACCUGUUCAGCUUCUUUCUGCACUCUUGGAGGCUGAAUUCUGUCCCCCCCUUUUUUCCUUUUGGGGGGGGGUGACAUCUUGACAGAGUUUCUAUAGAAGGAACUCUAGCUCUCGGUCAAGUGCGUUCCGACCAUCAGUUCUUUGACUGUCUCUCUAGGAAAUGUCUGCCUCCAUCUUCAACAGACAGGGCUUGGGAGUGGUGGCUACACUAUGUUCUGCAACCGAACAUUGAACGUUUGUAUCAAGAAAAUCUAUUAUAGGCUGUUCUCAGACUACUAGUUGUACUUCUAACCUAGUCUUCCAGCAUAGAGCUGAGAGGGGGAGAGGUAGAGAGAGAAGAGUCAAAAGCACAUUUGAAGGUACCAAGCACCUCUCUAGAAACAAACAAACUCCUUAGUGUCAGCAUUACAUUUUUAGGAACUGGGGAUGGCUAGGUGCCCAGGGUAUUUCCAGCACUAAAGAAACCACUAGCAAAAGUGGAAUUUAAAUUAUGUCUGUCUUUAUUUUUAAGCACUUGAUUUUUGUGGGAAAAAAGAAGCUUUUGCUGUGAGAAGAGGCUGAGCCAGAUCAUUAAAUGCCCGUAACACUGCUUAUUCUAACUGGCAGUCAUUCGCUGGGGACUUAGGCUCUUCCCAUUACACGGAGAUAGCUGUUGCGUUCACCAACGUGUGUAUUAGACUUACAUUAGAGUGGUCCCUAAGUUCUCCGCUUUCAGAUCCACUUCUUGCUUCUGCUAUGGGGAGAAUUGCUUUUGCACCCGGAAAGAGACAGGCGGGGAAAAUAAGUCAGUUUGGAUCAGGUCCUUGUGGCAAUUUUUUAAAGAACUGCAAAUGGUCUUAAAAUGGCACUGGUGGUUAUGGAAUGGUCCAUGGGUUGCUGUCACCUGCAUUUGUGUUGUGAGUGGGGUAUGUUGAAAUACUGAAUUCCCGCAACUGUAGUUUUAUGACCAAAUUUACAAGUUGAGACCCUUUCUGCUAUUUCUGUUUGGAACCGUAGAGGUCAAUAUGGAAAGUCAGCGAUUUCUUCACCUCCUUCCUUGAGGCCUGUUUCUUGCCAAGCCAAAGGGAGAAGAGCAGUUUCCUCAGUCUGUGAGAUUCUUUGCUGUUUUGGCUGCAGCAAAUCUCUAUGGUAUAGGCCAGGGGUGGCCAAUCUAUGGUGCUCCAGAUGUUCAUGGACUACAAUUCCCAUCAGCCCCUGCCAGCAUGGCCAUGCUGGCAGGGGCUGAUGGGAAUUGUAGUCUUUGGACAUUUGGGGUGCCAUAGGUUGGCCACCGCUGGAUAGGCUCUUUCUGGUCUUUAUGACUUUGGAGUGGGGCCAGUGUGAACAUGUGUUGAAUGGGGAAAGGGGUCUUGCCAAGGGAAUAUGGUCUCUGCUUGUCUUUAAUGUUUCCAGUCUUUCCAAUACCGCGCCAUGGUGCUGUUUUGAUUUGCACAUAGCAAACCUGUGAGAUGCAGAGAUGCUAGCGAGCUGUAGGAGAGCAUGAGGGAUCCAUUUUUUUGCUCAUACUGGCAAAUAACUUAGGAGAACCCCUGUAUUUUAAAACCACAGUGUGAGAAACAAACUGUCUGACACGUUUAUUACCUGCCUUCAGUAACACAAGUUGUGACGCUAUUAAGAAAAAUCCCUCCAUUACAGACCCAGAUCAGACUGGUACAUGGUGCAGUAUACUUUCAUGUGAGGAAAUAGCUGGGGCCACCUUGAGAAUUUUCGCCAGGUUAAGUCCCAGCAGUUUUGCGAAAUUGCUGACAAUUCAUCAUGGAAUGAGAGAUACACAUGGAAAAUACAAACUGUACAGUGAAUGUGAAACAUCUCAUGAUUUCUUUCAUUCAGCGAUGUUGUUGGUCAACGUGUUUCACUUUAAUUGCCGGUGUUGAACAAAAUUCUUAUCUCAGGUCAUCUUUUCACAUUUUUAAAAAGUAUGAACAAAAGUUGCUCAUCACACUCCUAUCAUUUGCUCAAUGAUUGCUGAAGGAGCCUGUGAAGCAUGAAAGAACAUUGUGCAUCGAGUCACUACUCGAGGGUGUGUGUGGUGCCUUUGAGCACAUACGAGAGCUCGGUGCAAGCAGGGGCUUUUCCAUUACAUGUCAGCAUCAGCGAACGUAUUCUCAACUGCAUGGGCAUGCCCUUCCUCAUACAGAGAUUGUUGUAUGUGUCACAACCCCCAAGAGCUCUGGAUCGCAGCUGUAAAUGUUUUCAUAAAAUCUCCCAAUGGAUUUUAGAAUGCUGUUACACACCAUAUUCCUCCAACCAAGAUUUCUGGCUAAAAUUCAGCUAAAAAUCUUCCAAUAGCCAGAAAAUGGGGUAAUCUGAAAUACGAUUUGUAAAACAUCCUGGAUUUCUUCUCUGCUCUCCAAACUACACAAAGGAAACCCCAAAUGGCUUGGCUAAUAAACUGUUCAUUAGACUAACUGCCCCAGCUUAUAAUGGCUUCAGCUGGGGUGUGAGGAAGCCACGCAAAGGCAAAAUUUGCAAUGGGACACGGAAUUCAACUUUGUGAAAACAUCUGUUUUUCUUUUUUUUUCCCUCUUAAGCCCAAGUUUCCAGUCCUUAAGGCUGAGAAAACAAUGAAAUCUGGUGAGACGAUGGCACAGUUGGUAUUAAGGAUUUCCAGUGGCUGUGGAUCAAGGUUUCAGUGAUAUGCACAGCUCUCAAAGCUGAAUAAAUCAUGCAGAUGUGCUUGACUUGCAUAAUGUAUAUAGGUUGGAGGGCUUGAUGGGGUUCUGGAAGCCUCAUCCCUCCUCUCCCUCUUAGCUUGAAUUAGUGCUGUCCUCCGGAACAUGGGAUGCCUCUGAGCCUGCUGUGUUGGAGUCUGGGGCUGGAAAUGGCAGGGGUGCCCAUUUUAUGCAGCCAGGUCUUGCAAAGCAAUGCCAGCUGUAGACACUUAACCAAGUUGUCUUGGAAGAAGAGCAGACUGUUUUGUUUGUAGCAUGUUGCGGUAGUGCAUGUCUUGGCUACAGUGACUAAAAUACCCUUCUGGAGAGCAGGCAGUCAAGAUGGAUAUUUAUUUAAAAAACAGAGAGAGAAAAUUUUAAAAAUUGUAACGCACUUUUUUUUGUAAAACCAAUGUCUGUUUUGUUACCUACUUUUAAGUGUUGUGCUUUGUAAAUGUCUUAUUUGUGUAAUAAAUAAAGUUGACGCAAGUUGAAGUGCAGGCACUUACAUCACGGAAAA